GAACAAAGUUCAAAAAGUAAAAAAAAAAACCAGAAAGAGGAGAAAACCUGUUUAUUGACCUUUCUGCUCCUCCGCUCCGUAUCCUCGUCCUCUGCUUUCUCGCUCGAGCGAUAUCUUGUUUAUUCUUCUGGAAUCACCGUCCUGAGCUGUGGGAUCCGAUCAGCUCUUCUGGGUUUUUCUUGCUGCGUUUGUUCACGGUUUUUGCACUGAGAAGCGGGAAGGACAGACAGACACCGAUUCCCUGCAAAGAGGUUGAUUGAUUUGAUUGACGACUUUUCAGCGCUUUGUUAUUUUUUCUUUUAUUCAGUUCUCGCGCGGUGAUUUGUUCUUGCCUCGUUGAUUAGUGACGAAAAGACCUCCGACGAAACCUCGUUCACAGUCUACAACUGAAUCAUCACCUACACCCACCCACACACGUCGACGACCACACACAGCACCAACCAUGUCGUCAUUACCACCCGAGGCGUCGACCGCGCUGAUUACACUGCUCGCGAGUCUGACGUCGGCCGACAACGCCGUGCGAUCGAAUGCGGAAACUAGUUUGAACGAGGAGUGGAUCGCGCAGCGGUUCGAGAUCUUGAUGGUCGGGCUUGCGGAGCAGACGGUUGUUGCGUCUGAGCCUAGCGUGCGUUCUUUCGCGGCCGUGCUUUUCCGCAGGAUCGCCUCGAAGCAACCCGAGGGCACCGACAACAUCACCAGCAGAAUGUCGGAUCAGCUCAGCGAGUCCGCUCGCGCGACCGUCAAGUCGCUGCUUCUGCAGGCUUUGAAUAAUGAGAGCGUGAACGACGUCCGGCAUAAGAUCAGCGAUACCAUCUCUGAGCUUACUAUCGGCAAUAAUGAUCGAUGGCCUGAACUCCUCGAAUUCCUGUUCAACGCUGCAAAGAGCCCCGUCGCAGGCCUCCGGGAAGCCUGUUUCCGGAUAUUCGCCUCGACGCCCGACAUCAUCAGCAAGCCCCAUCUUCCAGCCGUCGCCGAGAUAUUUCGCGCCGGUUUCCACGAUCCCGACCAGGACGUGCAGAUCUCGGCUAUCGUCGCCUACACGGCCCUGUUUGGCACUCUCCCCAAGUCCUCCUGGCCGACCUUGCAGCCUCUGCUUCCCGAUCUGCUGAACGUGCUGCCUCCGCUCAACACUCCUGACAAUACCGAGAAGCUGACGAAUGCGCUGACGCCGCUGAUCGAGCUCGCCUCGUUCGCGCCCAAGAUCUUCCGCCCGAUGUUUUCGACAAUUAUCGAGUUUGGCAUUUCCGUCAUGAAAAACAAAGAGAUGGACGACACCACGCGCGAGAGCGCGCUCGAGCUGCUGACGACGUUUGCCGAGGAAACCCCCGGAAUGAGCAAGAAAGAGCCGACCUACGCGUCGUCGAUGGUCGUGCAGCUGCUGGCGAUGAUGACCGAAGUCGGCGAGGACGACGACGAGCAGGCUACCUCCUGGCGCGAGGACGACGAUCUCGACAAUGACGACGCCGACUCUGUGCACGUCGCCGCGCGCCAGUCGCUCGAUCGUCUUGCGCUCAAGCUGGGUGGCAACGUCCUCCUCCCGCCGCUCUUCCAGUGGCUGCCGCAGAUGAUCUCGUCUGCAAACUGGCAGGAGCGCCACGCGGCUCUCAUGGCCAUCUCGUCCUUUGCCGAGGGCUGUCGCGAGGUCAUGAUUGGCGAGCUGUCAAAGGUGCUCGACAUGGUCCUGCCGCUGAUGCAGGACCCGCACCCGCGCGCGCGCUGGGCGGCCUGUAACGCCGUCGGCCAGAUGUCUACUGACUUUGCGCCCGAGCUGCAACGCGAUUUCAGCGCGCGCGUGCUCCCCGCGCUCAUCCAGACGCUCGAGACACCCGAGCCGCGAGUCCAGGCGCACGCGGCGGCGGCGCUCGUCAACUUUGCCGAGGAGGCCGAGAAAGAGUGGUUGGAGCCCUACCUCGACAGUCUGCUGAGCCAUCUGGUUGUGCUGCUGCAGAGCCCGAAGCGGUAUGUGCAGGAGCAGGUGCUCACGACGAUUGCGAUCGUGGCCGACGCGGCGGAGACAAAGUUUGCAAAGUACUACGACACAAUCAUGCCGAUUCUGUUCCAGGUCCUGCAAGGCGACAUGGGCAAGGAGUACCGCAUGCUCAAGGCCAAGUGCAUCGAGUGCUCGUCGCUCAUCGCGCUCGCGGUCGGCAAGGAGAUGUUUGCGCCCAUGUCGGCCCAGCUCAUCCACACCUACGCCGCCAUCCAGCAAGGCAUCGUCGACACCGACGACCCGGCUGCCUCGUACCUUAUCCAGGCCUGGGGCCGCGUCUGCCGCGUGCUCGGCGCAGACUUUUUGCCGUACCUCAGCGGCGUCAUGCCGCCGUUGCUCGAAGCCGGCAAGCUCGAGCCUGAUAUCCAAGUGAUUGAGGACGCGGCCGAGGCCGAGCAGUUUGAUCAAGAAGGGUGGGAUGUUAUGCCGCUGCAGGGCAAGCACGUCGGCAUCCGCACCAGUUUCCUCGAGGACAAGUGCACCGCGAUCGAGCUGCUGAGCAUUUACGCUGCCGAGCUCGGCGCGGGCUUCGAGCCCUACGUGGCCGAGGUGCUGAACGAUAUCGUGCUGCCGUCGCUGAACUUCUUCUUCCUCGACAACGUGCGCUUUGCGUCCGCGCAGGCGCUGCCGCAUCUGCUGGCUUGCGUCAAGGCGUCGUCGAACUCGAACCCGGCCAAACUCGCCGAGUACUGGCGCGCGGUCGUCAAGAAGCUGCUGGACGCGACCUCGUCCGAGAUGUUUGUGGAGAUGCUGACGGCGCUCUACCAGUCGCUUUACCAGUGCAUCGAGACCGUCGGCGUCAACUGUCUGACGCAGGAGGACAUGGCGAACUUUGCCACGUCGCUGGAGUCGAAUCUGUCGAAUUUCUUGACGCGCGUCAGGCAACGAGACACGCAGGACGACGAGUACGAGGAGUAUGAUCCCGAGGACAAGGCCGAGGACGCGAUUGCGGACGAAGAGCUCGCGAGCGAGAUGAACAAGGCGAUUCACUCGGUCUUCAACGCGCAGCGGUCGUCGUUCCUGCCCACGUUUGAGAAAGUGAUUCCGCUGCUGACGGAGUUUUCGUCGCGGGUCGAGGUCGAGUGCCGCGAGUUUGCGCUCUGCGUGUACGACGACCUGAUUGAGUUCUGCGGACCGGACUCGUGGCGGUACAAGGACAUGUUCCUGCAGCCGAUCGCGCAGUCGCUGAUGGACCCUGACUCGACACUGCGACAGGCGUCUGCGUACGGCGUAGGCGUGGCGGCGCAGUUUGGCGGCGAACCGUUCAGCGCGACGGUUGCGUCGGUGAUCCCGACGCUGUUCCAGGUGAUUUCGGUUCCGGACGCGAGAUCGGAAGAGAACGUGCACGCGACCGAGAACGCGUCUGCUGCGAUCGCCAAGAUCCUGCGAUUCAACCGCACGCACGUCGCGAACGUGGACGAGGUCAUUGACGCGUGGAUCACGACUUUGCCGAUCGUGAACGACGAAGAAGCCGCGAGCUACGCGUAUUCGUUCCUGGUUGAUUUGAUUGAGGCGCAGCACCCUGCGGUGUCGAAGCACGCGCAGCAUAUCGUCGAGAGCGUGAAGAAAGCUACAGAGCAGAACGCAAUCAUGGGCGCGACCGCAGAGAGGGUGAAGAGAGCGGUUAAUUUGUAAAAUUUGCUUGCGUGCACUGAUGGGGUAUUUUUUCCAUUUCUAUUUAUUUUUCUAUUGUUUUUAGUUUGUAUGAAGUAGUGUAGAUUCGUCAGAGACAAUAGUAUAAAUAUAAUUCAUAUUUUUAUAUAUCUUUCGAGUUAUCAAACGCGGAGGGAGUUGCUGGUACUGAGUUAGCAAUACUCAACCCACUUCGCGUUCAUACGGAUCAUAAAUCAACACCUACACUCACAACAUAAAAAAAGCUGUAAAAUCGUAUCUCGCCUUUAAGUAGUUAUAGCGGGUCGGUAUGUUUUUAUAGCGCCAUGAUGUUUAACAGACCGACCAAAAGAAUAUGAAAAAAAAAUGCAGAAAAAAGAGAAAAAUU